UGAACGCAGCGCCUGUGGGUGCUAAGCAUGAGAGCAUUUGAGUGGGUGUUCCUAAUCAUUAACCAACAAGCAUUGAGUAUGAAAGAAGAACGAGAACGACGAGUGUUGCAUUGCGCUGGUUUUCAAUGUGCACGCCGUGGUGUAGUGCAAAGAAUUAUUGUUAUGAUUCACAAGGACCUCCACGUCGCCACUACGAGGGCUACGUCCACAACGAGCGCUAUUCGAGAAGAACCUCCGUUAUUAUAUUAUAAAGCCCUCCACUUGUUCAACAUAGGAAUUUAUUAAGCGAGAUUUCUUCUGUUGUGUGCUACGUUCGAUUCAACAAAGAACCACAUCCUCAUCCAGAUUGUCGAUCUCAGUAUUUUGUAGCGACCUGGCAUAUCCUGACUUGUCCCGAAAGAACUGCCUAGCUUUUCACACGACAACUUUUUUGAAGCUUUCUUGCCUUUUGGUUUUGCAUUUGUAGUUGUAAGCAACAUGUAAGGCAUUGAUAAUUCGUGCUCGGGAAACUCAAAGAGAGCUCGUACUUCUUGUUAUUUUUAGUACGUCAUUCAGUGGAGCUGUACUAGAAGAAAAAAUGCAGAGCUCCGAUUGGUGCUGUGUCGGUGGCCGGGGCGGUAAGGAUGAGGUAGCAAAACCGCCAAGGAAUAGUCGAAAAAAGGGCGCCAGAAAACUUCCGUUGGUCCCCGAAGGGGAGCAGCAACCUGAUGACACCGGUGAUUUACCAAUCAUUAUGGGCACUUACGAUCAAGGCUACGACGAAGAUUGUCGUGGCGCUAGUGCGAAGCCGCAGAUCAUAACGGUGGAAGACGGGCUUGGUGAAGUAGAUGCUGGUUGGAAGCUGACCGCAGAGCGCUUGGUGACUGAUGCAACCCGCGCUCGAAACCAUUCAAAAGAGGACGAAUAUCAAGACGCAGAAAGUAGACAUGAUUCUGACGUCGAUCUUCUACUUAUAUCGUUGAAAGAUCAUGAUACACCCGAAGAAUCUAAGAUCCCGAUCGACGUAUUUCGCAACCUCCUUAUAUCAGAUGACGAAGGCUGUGCUGAAGAUUACAUGCUACGCCUAAGAGACCACGACAAUCAUCACAUUGUUCAACACCACGAACAGCAACGGGUUGAAUCGACGAACAGGGUCUACUUGAAAGCGACUCGUCAAGACCAAGACGACUAUGCCGUUGCUGUUAAAAAGGGGACUGAUCUAUUUCAGCGAAAACUAAAUGACGAUGCAGCACUUCUUGGAUUUGGAAGAAGUCCUGUUCCGAUUCCUGCUCCUCGCGUCUCUUACGAAGGGGAAGUCUGGAAUUGCAGUGCAAGCGAGAAAGGAUUUCCUGUGGAGGGUGUUCCUGGUGCUAGAAUGGUCGGCGUGACCUUGCAGAUGAGCAAUACCAGUGUUGAGGACUACUUUGAUUAGGGCUCAAAAAAUAAAAUACAAAUAGACUUCAGUCAUUUAUAUGAAUUUAAGUAAUUUCUCCUCGUUGUGCAGGAUGAUCCAUAACCUACUACUUGACCUAACCUUUCUACAGCCAGUCAUUGUUUUGCGCUCUAAUUUGAUAUUUUCGUGGCUGCACGGGAGGAGGACCGCUUUACACCGGGAAUCGUGACAAAAUUGAUGGAGGGAAAGUUCGAAGAACACAAAAUGAGCAGCAAGAGUAAAGAGGUGUUGGGAAAUUACACGGAGUCAAAUUUGCGAGCAAAAACUGCCAUAAGCGCGAAAAGAGCUCGCUUUCCUUGCCGUCAGUGGUACCCCUCGGCCUUGACCAACAUUACCAGGUUUAACAGGGAUUAUCGUAAUCCGAAUCAAUGGUGGAUUGACGGUGAACCGACCUGGGGUGUCGACGAUCGUGGGCAACAAACCUACACGCUGAACAUUUUCUCAGCCGAGAAGACUUUUGCCUAUUCCUGCAACAUUCAGGAAACGCUAACCUUCACCUUUCUACAGGAUAUUACUACAGAUGAAGAUGAUACUGAUAAUAUUACGUUUACAUCAAAAUCAUUGCCGGAGAGCGAGAGGCACAACAAGAACAACUCGAUCUUCAACAAGAACCGGAGUAGUAGUACUAGACCACGGUCUAGACCACGACCAUCUGUUGGAUUUGAAAUUUUUCACACAGUGGUUCCCUUAGACGGGAAGAUUAUGGGUUUCCCACACUACAACUGCUUCGAAUUGUACAUGGUAACUAAAGCCCACUUGUUUGAGGCUGAAGCUGACUGCUCGGAUGAAGAUGCCGAACAACAAGGAGAAGCAGAAGGACGAGAGAUUCGUAUUGAUGUGGAUGAACAAGCUGAUCCAUCUGCUCUUGUUACUUCACGACAAGACUCAAUUGAAGACUCGAUUUUUGAGGAACAGGAAGGUUCUCGGGAGCAUUCGACACCGUCGACGGCUUUUACCCCUCGUGACUCUUGCUCUUCCUCUUCCUCUGAUUUCCCUCAGCAGGUGAAUAUAGGAGCAGGAGGCCAUCUUGAAAACGAUGACGCUGUUGUAAAGGUAGCUUACAAGAACAAGGGGGAGGACGGUACUCAUCCUCAAGUUGGCCUUAGAAGUCUCGGACUUGGUACAAACGCCACAACCAAGAACACGAUGAAGAAAGUGAAGAUGCCUACGAGACAUAGAAGGAAUAACAUGAUCUUGGAGAUUCGGGAGUCACAGCGUGUAGCCCCAUUCCCCCGCUCACCAGCGAUGGUAAACAGCGCAUUUCUACCUUUGGUUGGCAACAUGGAUCACGAAUGGGUUACGAGUAUCAAACGCUUGAUCAAAACGAUGCGCAGUUUUGAGGAGUAAGAAGCAUUCUUGUUUUUGAUACUUAUACAAGAGGAACGUACAACCGGGUUUUGAUGCAAAAUUGUAUCUAUUAGGAGGUGAUAUUAAAAACCUAUUAAACAGGAGGACUAGGAGAAGUAAGACUAAUUUUCUAGAAAAUUCUGGUGCAGCUUCACUGGGAGAACAAAAACAUUAGUUACGUCCGAUCUCUGCGCUUAACCUUAGCGCUGGCCUGCUUUUCUGAUUUCGGGUUUGCUAGUCGUAGUUAAUUGCUUACCUGUCAGUUCAUGCUUUAGGUGGUUCAUCAGUAAGUCAAUCAUCAGAGUUGCGGCGUGUCAUACCCCUGCAGGUGUGCUGACUUGCUCAUGGGGCCCCGCUGCGUCGGGUUGCGCCUUAGUUUUUCUACAGGGUUCGAAUGUACGGCUUCUCCGAUAGGUGUAGACUUGUGGCCGAAUGUGCGGCCUUAUGCGCCCCCAGUAUUUAAUUUGUUUGCCAUUAGUUGAACGAGUUAAUUAAUUGUUUGAAGGCGGUAGCAUAUAGUCCUAACGCAAAAAAAAAUGUACUCAUAAGGACAGCACUAUCAGGGACGUACACAUGACAAUAUGAUAUAGCGCCUAGAACUCAGGAUGGAGGAGUUACACCCACUUUGACUUCUGAUAUCCGUAUGAUUGAAUUAUCAUUUUUAUCGUGAAUUUAAUGUGGUCUACUGGUAAAAUAGUUGUCGGGAGAAGUUAUGAAUUGUACAGCUACGACUAUGGACGGAGAUGAGAGGGGUCUUGACCGAGUAUCUGUACAGACAGGAUUUAAUAGCCUUGCAGCAAGCCAAGGCUUGCUGAUGCAGAGACAAAACAAUGAUUUCUCAGUCACAUUAACAGUGAUAGCAUUGAUGAUGUACAACUAUCUAGAAAAAUUUUCUUGCACAAGUUUUACCUGUUGAACUUGUUGAGCACUAGGUGUAUAGGAAGGUGAUCAUGAUUGAUGGUUUCUCACUGCGUGGAGUUGAGAACCGGAAUCCAUGGAUCCCUUAGCCAGAGCUAAAAACUACGUGCUUCUAGAUGAAGAUGACUUUUAUGUGGUCGAAAAGGAUCAUGGACGAGCACCAGAGUGUUCAGAACGAUCAGCACGUUUUCGGACUGAGAAAUCAGUCAGAGGAGGUAUCUUCAAGCCUGUCACCACACGACGGAGCACCACGACC